AUGGUCGCGAGUCUAUGGGUGCAGGACCUGGUCGACCAGCCAAGUGGUCCCUCGCGGCAAUCCUACGACGAUAUUCCGAUACAAUUCUUUGAGCAGGCCUACCCGUUUCCAGUCUUGAUCUUCGAGUUACCAGCUGGCGCGGUGCGCUUCGCUGAGGCCACACCCGCCAACGGUACUCAGCAGCGUUCCGGUCCCUCAAGCAACUCGCAGAAUAAAGGUGUCGAGCGGCGGCCGGACGAGGCGACUGCCGUUGAGGGUUGCCCAUUACCGGACGCAGCUUUGAAGUGGGCGAACCACCACUGGCGCAAUCUGGCUUCCGAGCGCCCGCUGUCUGACUUUCUCGAUCUGAAAUCACUCGAGCAGCUCUCGAGCUGGGCUACGGACGGGACGAGACCAACAACAUUCACAUUGCAGUGCGGAAGUCCUCGGAUAUCGCUAUCUCUCACGAAAAGCCAUAUCGAGGAUCCCGAGCAGGUACACUAUGUUGUCGUCACGUCGCAACUCUUGGGCUUCGAGGACUCAUCAUCAGGUUCUACCCAGUCCAGUGAUACGGCCAUCGUUCUGGGAAGAGAGGAUCAGGAGGCUACUCCGAUGCCACCGCCUGCACCAUCACUGAUGAGCCCGCCAUCAUCAUCAGCGGCAACGUUGGGCUUAGGGCCGGAGUCGCCUGACUUCCAGACUCGCGGUCCCUCCCUCGUUGCCGGGCACGAAGUCAAACACGACAUCUCUGACGUUCCGCGAACUAUGGAGCCCAAGGCGCACGAGCAUCUCACGGAUCAGUAUCGAAUUUCGACAACUGAACUAGAGGCCGACAAUGCUCGAACAUCAUGUCGAGAGUUAUACAACAACAUGGACUGGACUGGGAAGCCGUGUGGCCCACCCGAGACAUGGUCGCCCGCGCUGCGCGCCCUGGUCGACAUUGCUUUUGACACGGUGACCGCGGACGCCGUCUACAUCGGUACCAAGCCUUCAGACCUUGUCUCAAUAUACAACAACAACUACGGAAAGUUCCUGGAUCACCCGAAUACGUUUGGUGCACUGAUGAGCGAGGUGUGGAAGGACGCAUGGUUCUUCUUCGAGGAGAUGGGCAAGCCCAUGUACCAGGAUUUCACCCUCAUUCCGUAUCUCUUGGACGAACGAGGCGUGUGGCUUGAAAAGUACCACAGCUACUCUUGCCACCCGAUCUACGAUGGGCCCAACAUUGUCGGCGUAUACGUCGCCGCCAUGGACUGGACGACCGAAGUCUUGACCCGGAGACGAGCAGAGGUCACCCGCGCUCUGGCCGACUCUAUCGGCAUCGUCCGGACACGAGCGGACCUUUUCCAGGCGACCGCCGAAGACACUGUCAAGCUUUCUCUCGAGUCCACCGUUGGCGUCCCCUCCAGUCAUCGCAGUGCCCCGAGUUCAUUGGUGCUAGAGGUGCCUAAGAUGCCAAAGGCGCCUCGAUCUGCGACCUACGUCGGCGGCUAUGCCGAGGACGAUGGUACCUUCGACGACGAGAGUCUGUCCGGGUCUGCCUCGACGGCGCUCAAUAUAGAGGAAUCCAUCGCAUCCGGGAUAUCCCUCGCCUCUAGCCGUAGCUCGGACAGGUGGCCCACCGUAGAGUUGGACAACGGCAUGUGGCCGAUUCGUCUUGCACUCACAACGAGGAGGUGUAUCCGUGUCGAGAACAUUCGGGAGCUCAUCAGCGACUACCCUCUUCGACAGUGGGACGAGCUGCCAGACUCGGCGUUAGUCAUUCCAUUGUCCUCUGACGUUUCGGUCGAUGUGCCGUCGGCAGUCGUUAUCGUUGGCCUCAAUCACCACUCUGCCGUUGGAGACCGAGGCUACGCAAACUUCAUCCACAACCUCCGUGCGCACCUCACCUCGGCUCUCGGUCCCAUCAUCGCUCUCGAGAACGAAAUCGCACGGUCAGAGGAGAAGGCAAAGAUGGAGCGGGCCAAGACGGCGUGGUUCCGAGGUGCGGCGCACGAGUUCCGUUCCCCGUUGUCCCUCAUCGCAGGGCCGCUGGAGGAGCUUUCGACUGGCACGGACGGCAUGUCCUCUCGGCAGAAGGAGAUUGUGACGCUGGCUCACCGCAACGUGACACGUCUGCAGAGGAUAGUAUCCUCGCUGCUGGACUUCUCACGCAUGGAAGCGGGUCGCUUCCAGGCGCGCUUCACCAUGACCGACCUUGGAGCAUUCGUGACGGAUCUCUGCGGCCUGUUCAAGCCUGCGAUGCGGCACCCGCAGAUUGCAUUCAGGGUCGAGGUCGAGGAGCGCACGGACAAUGUGCCCGUGGACCGUGUCCUCAUGGAAACUGCUCUUGCCAACUUGCUCUCGAAUGCGAUCAAGUACACCAAGCGCGGCUCGAUUACGGUCAAGCUGUGGUACGACGCGGAUAAUGCGAAUCUAUCGGUCGUGGACACAGGUAUCGGUAUCGCCGCGGAGGAGGUCGACAUGGUGACCCACUGGUUCCACCGCUCGCAAGCCGCCCUCGCCUCUGGCAUCGAGGGCACAGGUCUCGGUCUGGGGCUCGCCAAGGAGAUCAUCGGUCUGCACCACGGCGAGCUGCAAGUUUCCAGCAACGUUGCGACCGGAGAACACCCUUCGGGAUCAACCUUUACCGCGCAGAUUCCGCUGGCACAAGACGUCGUCGAAGAGGAGCUGACGCCCGUGGCGUUCGGUUCAUACGGUCGGGAGAUGGCGCGCGACGUCAUCGGCUGGGAGCGUGACGAGAGCGGCAGCGUCGGCUCUCAAGAGUCAUCGCCCUCUUACGGAGAAGGGCUGCAGUUCCAGCCGAGCGACGUGCUGCUGAUCGUGGACGACAACCGGGACAUGCGGGAGUACAUCAAGCUUAUCUUUUCGCCGUUCUGCCGCGUGCUAGAGGCCGAGGACGGCGUCGACGCACUCCGCAUCAUGGUCCACGAAACACCGAACCUCGUCCUGACGGACCUGCUCAUGCCCCGCAUGACUGGUAUGGACUUGCUCGCCGAGAUUCGCAAGAACCCCAACACGUCGCAUAUCCCUGUCAUCCUCCUCUCUGCAGCGCAGGACGAGGAAUCGCGAGUCCAAGCUCUGCUUUACGGCGCAGAUGACUUCCUCUCCAAGCCUUUCAAGCCGCGCGAAUUGCUCGCCCGCGUCCAUCUGCACAUGGAGAUGGGCAAGAAUCGGUACGAUCUCGAGACAAAAUUCCACGAGCGCGAGCUGGAGCUGCAGGUACUUUCCGACGCCUGUCCGUCAGGCAUCAUCAGGGCGGACCACUCGGGUCGUGUACUCUAUGCGAACCCCGCCUUCCUCGAACCGGCCGGCAUCGCGGCCGACUCGGAACUCGAGGACUGGCAGGAGCACCUGGACGAGUCAUCAGCCGAGAGCUUCCGCUUCGCGUGGAACGACUUUAUCUACGGCAAGCGCUCCGAGACUGCCAUCCGCUUCAAGUGGCGGACCGGGCGAAGUAUGCUCGGAUUCUUCAUCCGCCUCGACAAGGCGAGCGGCGUCAGCGGCAUCAUUGGCUGUAUCACCGAUGUCACCUACGAGGAGGAGAAGAUCGAGGAGGCCGAACGCCGUCGCGCCGAAGCUGAGGAGAGCCGCCGCCAGCAGGAGCUCCUUGUGGAUCUGAAGAAUCUGCGCGCGAGGCGGGACCGCCUCAUCAGCUCUGGCCCUGAGGGCCUGCGCCCCGAACCUUCGAUGCUUAAGGAGAUCGAGGAGGACAUCAAGGCGCUUGAGAGUAUCUACCACUGUGGUGUUACACAGGAGCGCAUCGCGUCAGACAUCCUCAGUCUGGCGCGGCUGCAGCUCGGCAUGCUGUCAGUGCACCACAUUCCCGUCGACAUUCGGCACGAGGCAGAGAAGGUGCUGCGAGUCUUCCACUCGGAGUGCAAAAUGUCGCAAAUUGAUCUGCGGCUCGAGUUCGGCCCCGGCUUCGAUGCCUUGGGCGAUGUCAUGAUCUCGACCGACCCGGUCCGCUUCGGCCAGGUCGUGACGAACCUUGUGAACAAUGCCGUGCGCUUUGUCAGCGUCGCACCCGAGCGCCGCAUCACCGUGCGCUACGACGUAUCUCGCACCGGUCCACUGGAAGGAGAUACCGUCCCGCCUUCCGUAUCGGCUCUCGAACCAAACGGCACCCUGGCCAACGGUACCCCUGUGUGGAUCUACAGCAGCGUGCAGGACACUGGUCCCGGCAUGACGGAAACGGAGCAAAGCGGCAUCUUCGAGCGCUUCCAGCAGGGCUCCAAGAUGAUCCACACCAAGUACGGCGGCACGGGCUUGGGACUGUUCAUCUGCAAGAAGAUCGUCGGCCUGCUCGGCGGAGACAUCGACACGGUCUCAGCCCCUGGGCAGGGAAGCACGUUCCGAUUCUACAUCAAGUCCGUCGUCGUGCCGCCGGAGCACUCUCCUCGCCCGCCACUGCCCAAGAAGCUCUCAGGGGAGCAGAUCGUGUCUCCCUUCGACUCGCCCGAGGAGUACAGAGACGGCCAGCUCUCGCCUGUUCUCGAGGGCGUGCCGGUGCCCCUGUCUUCGCCCGAUGCGCCGUCUACCACUACGGAGCGCACGAGCGUCAGCUCCACGGGACGAGGUAGUGCCUCCUCUGCCGACCGGGCGAGCGCUACCUCAGCCGAUCGAGGCAGCCUCUACACCAAGCCCACAAGCGUCAGCUCAACCUCGAGCGUGACGUCGCUCGACGCCAUGUCGUACUCGAUCCUCGUCGUCGAGGACAACCUCGUCUCACAGCGAGUGCUGCAGCGCCAACUCACCAAGCUCGGCAACACAGUCAUGGUCGCAAGCAACGGCCAGGAGGCGCUCGAUACGCUUGUCGCUCAGCAAGGCGCGUUCGACAUGGUGCUCAUGGACCUCGAGAUGCCCAUCAUGGGCGGCCUGGAGGCGGCCCAAAUUGUCCGCCUCCUCGAAGCGGAGGGAAAACUCCCACCACAGCGUAUCAUCGCGCUCACGGGCAACGCCCGAGAGGAGAAGGUCCAGCAGGCCCUCGACACAGGCAUGAACAACGUUAUGAUCAAGCCGUAUCGCCCCCCAAAGCUUGUGGGCAUGAUCCAGGCCACGAUCGACUCGACACCGGGCCACACCGCGGCCCACAACACUACCCCCUAA